GGGUCCCCAGCAAAAUUUUGUAAAGGCAUCUCUAUCUCUUGUUCCCCAUGCACACCUUUCCUAACUUUGCCCUUCCUCAAGGUAUGGGGACAGGGGUCUCUCCCUGAUGGCUGUUGCCUUCCCUUCCCUCUGCCCCAUUUGUCCCAAUUUUCUCAUCCUUCCAGUUAAAAAUAUCACUUCCUCCAUGAAGCUGUCUCUCUGUCUUCCCUCCCUUGCCUUCUCUGUGCUCCCACUGCACUCCAUGCAUUGGGCAACUAUGCCAGUUAUGCAUUUUACUGACAACCAUCUCCUCUUGGGUCUCUUUUCCCUGCUCCUGGAAGGCCAAGCGUUUGUCUUUAGGGCCCUGAAGACUGAAGGUGCUGGGGACAGUUUUAUGGAGUGUUGCUGAGUUCAUCUUUCUGGGGGCCGUGGGCAGCCCCUUGGUCAUGGACCCUACCAGCAUCUGCAGGAAGGCACGGCGGCUAGCAGGGCGGCAGGCUGAGCUGUGCCAGGCCGAGCCAGAAGUUGUGGCCGAGCUAGCGCGGGGCGCCCGGCUAGGGGUUCGAGAAUGCCAGUUCCAGUUCCGCUUCCGCCGCUGGAACUGCUCCAGCCACAGCAAGGCCUUUGGGCGCAUCCUGCAGCAGGACAUCCGGGAGACGGCCUUCGUGUUUGCCAUAACGGCCGCGGGCGCCAGCCACGCCGUCACGCAGGCCUGCUCCAUGGGCGAGCUGCUGCAGUGUGGCUGCCAGGCGCCCCGCGGCCGGGCCCCGCCCCGUCCCCCCGGCCUGCCAGGUACCCCUGGGCCCCCGGGCCCCGCGGGCUCCCCCGACGGCAGCGCCGCCUGGGAGUGGGGAGGCUGCGGCGACGACGUGGACUUCGGGGAUGAGAAGUCGAGGCUCUUUAUGGACGCGCAGCACAAGCGGGGACGUGGAGACAUCCGUGCGUUGGUGCAACUUCACAACAACGAGGCGGGCCGGCUGGCCGUGCGGAGCCACACGCGGACCGAAUGCAAGUGCCAUGGCCUGUCGGGCUCAUGCGCGCUGCGCACCUGCUGGCAGAAGUUGCCCCCGUUCCGCGAGGUGGGCGCGCGGCUGCUCGAGCGCUUCCACGGCGCCUCGCGUGUCAUGGGCACCAACGAUGGCAAGGCUCUGCUGCCCGCUGUCCGCACGCUCAAGCCGCCUGGCCGCGCUGACCUACUAUACGCUGCCGACUCGCCCGACUUCUGCGCCCCCAACCGGCGCACCGGUUCGCCGGGCACGCGCGGCCGCGCCUGCAACAGCAGUGCCCCGGACCUCAGUGGCUGCGACCUGCUGUGCUGCGGCCGCGGCCACCGCCAGGAGAGCGUGCAGCUCGAGGAGAACUGUCUGUGCCGCUUCCACUGGUGCUGCGUAGUGCAGUGCCACCGCUGCCGCGUGCGCAAGGAACUCAGCCUCUGCCUCUGACCCAUCGCCCGGCUCCCCAGACUGCGCGCAGAGCCGCCUCUCGGCACCGGCGGGACCUCUGGGCGCCAGCAGGGGGCGUUGCCAGGUUUCCCCUGGGAAAGUCCAUCUCCCAGGCCUCUCUAGAAACUGUGAGGCGGUGGGGCUUGAGAUAUACGCCCGCUCAUCAAGGCCCAGGGCACCGGAGGAGCUUCCAAGGGGCGCUUCCCGGGGGCUUCUGGGGGAGACCUUCUCUCUCCUCGGCCCCCAGAUAGAAACCAAAGAGCCAGUUUCUAGGCCUCGGGAUGCGGGGCUCCUCAGAACUGCUGGCCAUGGGGUGGGUGGGUGCAUUUAGUAUCAAUAAAAAUAUUUAAAUCAA